AUGACAAAUCCAGAUUAUGAGGAGGACCAGGAUGAGAUCUUUCAAUAUCUGCCUCAAUACUAUCUUUGUAUCAAAGAGAAGCGCAAGAUCAUAAUUCCUCCUGGUAUUCAAUUCCCUGAUGGGUCAGCAGUGGCACGAAAUGCAAAGAUGAAUACAAGAGGUAGACUUUGGGAAAAUGUAGUUAUUCUAGUCACUCGCCAAAGCAUCCCACUGCAAGUGCUGCAAGGUGACUCAGAAGACAGCUCAGCCUCAUCUGAGUCGAGCUCAUCAGAGCCCCCUCAUAAGAUCAAAUAUUGUCGAGUAUUGGCAGAAACUAACAAUGAGAUCCUGUCUACAUCAGACCCUGAAACCAUAUCUGAAUUGGCCACUAUAGUGGACUUGACUGCAAGUGACGAUGAAUACACUGGUGACUUCUUUGAUUCUUUCAAUUUAGAUAAUCAUGAUGUUGUUACUACUGAGCCAGAGAUACCUGUAGAGGCUGACCUCACCCCUUUGGAUUCUGUCUUGACAUCUCCAUUGCAGGCCUCCGGGUCUUUUGCUAUUGAUCCCAAUCUUGAUAACCCCUUGACCUUGCAGGCCUCUGGAUCUUUUGUUCUCAAUCCCAGCAUUGACAACCCAUGGGAAGGGAAUCAUCUAUUCAAUUUCUAG